GCACGGUUGUUAUGACAACGAGUACGCGACUGUUUGAACCUAUUUGUCGUUGUCGAUUAAAAAUUUCCAAAAUUUACUCCCAAAUCCUAUGUGGGUUGAAAGAAACACCAAAACCAAAUCUCUCGUAAAUACACAGAAUAACAAUUUUUUAAAGAAGGACGUUACCCGAAUUGAUCAUGGUGAUUGUAUGAAUGAAAGUUUAACAAGAAGUAAGAAAUCUGUUGGUUCAGAUAAGGCGGCGCACAACAGGAGACAAAGAUAUACGUCGGUUAGCCCAGAAAAGUCCUCUACUAAUUUGCAAGUCCAUAAACCUGACGAAGUUUGGGCACGGAAUCACUCAAAUCGGGUUUGCGGAUCAAAAGAGGAUGAUCGUAAAAAGCGAAUUAAGUCCAAUUCAUCUCAACGACCAUCAACUCAGAAAAUAAAUAAAUCAAAAAGAUCAAAAAGCAUUCCAUCAACUAGUACAAAAAGCGCUGAAUUCUUAAGUAAUGAAGAAGAUAGAGAAUUAUUUGCCAAGCAAAGAUCUAUAAUAUAUCAAUUAAAUGAAAUUAUGAAAAAAUCAGAAAUAGCCAAUUAUGAAGCAUUCAUGAACUUAAACCACACAAAUCAAUCAUGCAAAUAAGAAGGGACGAAUAUACGCAGUUACACAAACUUUACAAUCUUGUUAACUAUAAUGAAUUGAUUGGCUUUAAUGGUAAUCUUAAUUAUGACUCUCUUCAAACGGAAG